AUGCUGCAACGCGCAAGCGACAACCGAAGUGUGCCAAAAGCCUUACUAAUAGCCACAGCGGUGGCACAACUAAUUAUAAGACACGGCAGCGCAGAAAGCACCCAAGAAGCCAAACAGGGAGAUGCCUGCAGUGCCGCGGUUUACAUAAUGCAGCUAGCAAAUUCGAUAGACGAACAACGGAGCGAACUCAUCAACGAAAUAUCAAAAGCCAACGCAGACCUGCUUCAACUAGAAACGGCACUAGCACUGCCUCAAUGGAACACGAAACCAACUGCGUUGACCCCGCUGAUAGGCCUAGUACUAGCGGAGCAGCAGAAGCUGAUUUCAAGACUCGCAACAUGCAACAAAGCGGCGGCCGACGCGGCACGCUCAGCCAAUAUCCAAGCAGGCAGAAACUGGGCAGUGGCAGAACUAGCAGAAAUUACAACGGCUUCGUCUGCAGGAACGGCAGCAAGCACGUUAAGCGCCGGCGGAAAGGUACAAGAUACGGCGACAUUCGAGACAAUACACGGAGAUACGUGCACUAACAAAGAAGCCGGCAGCAUAGCAAAAGCAGCAACGGGUGUAGCCAUAUCAGCACUCAAGACGCUAACCCUCUUCAAACUAAAAGAACACUCGACACCUGGCAACCGGCAGAUUUGCCUAGGGCACUGCGACGGCCAGGGGAAAGCGUGCACGGCACAAGCGGCAAGGCACAAAACCAAGACUCAAAGCAAGAAAUUUCUCGAAGAAGACACAAGAGACACGAUCGAUAUGCAAGCAUCAGCCCACAGCCAACCAGAGAAGGCAAGCGAGGAAGAAAACGGGAAAACGUAUCUCAAAGCCCACAAGCGCCACCUUAACUGGCGUCUAUACAACUUCAACCUAAACAAGCCCUGCAAAGCAACGUACACAAGCCUAGACAAAGCGGCCACGACACAAACGAAUGAGCCACUACGGCGCAGUGUACUAGCAGUCGUAAAAGGCCCGAACGAAAAAUACGACACGGACAGCAAAGAGCAGCAGAAAGUAAUCAAUACCUUUAUCGAAUCAAACUACGGCAAAGAAGAAAGCGACUUUAAAGAAAAGGUAUGGAAUAAAAUAAGAGAACCUGAUUUUUCUUGCAGUAUAGGAAGCAAAGACUUCAAAGGCAAGAUUACCGCUAUCACAACUAGUGAUCAUAUAACAAUAGCAAUUGGAGCAAGUGGAUAUACAGCUCCAACAAGCAAAGAGUGCAAAGAAACAUCCCUACAAGCUAAACCAACACCAGAAAAAUGCCAAGAAGAAACAGAAAAAAGUAAAUGUACAGCAGAUAAAGAUUGCGAACACAGCGAUGGCAAAUGCAAACUUAAAGAGGGAGUGAAAGCGGAAAAUGAUGCCAAACCUACAAAUACCACAGGAAACAACUCAUUUGUCAUUAAUGAGGCCCCUCUUUUGCUUGCGGAUUUGUUUAUAUUGCUAGGUUUCUAA